GCAGGAGGGGGCUGCUCUUGUUUAAGUAGGGAGGAAAAUGGUGGAGAGGAAAGUCUGACGGCUGCAGUAGACAGAGGAACACAAACAUCUUAUCUCUGCCUCCUGACUCUGUGUGAACCUUACCUUGGCUGAAGAACAGCAGCAGUGAUGGCUGACACAGAAAAGAUCAAGAAAACUGCAGCUAAAGUGCUGGGCUGUGUAGAGAAAGUGUCCUCCUUUGCCUCCUCCAUCGACCCCAUCUUUGGCAUCGUCUCCUCCCUGGUUGGUGUGGCCCGCAAAGGACUGGUGGACGAGGAGAGCCAUGCUUUAGAAAAGGACUUCCAGGAGAUCAACUCCAAACUAGAAUCCAUCUCCCAAAAGAAUCAACAAUGCCUGAGAAAGAUCCGUAUUGACGAGGUGAAUGAGACCUACGGAAAGUACGAGGAGUUCAUCAAGCACCAGUACGCUGCCUUUAACAGCAUGGUGGCUCAGGUUAAGAAAGAUCCAGACAACACCCAGCGCUACUUUGAUGGUUAUGAGAAGAUUUAUGAGAGAGACAAGAGUGAUCUGAGCUUGGAUGUGUACUACCGGGGAGUGAUGGGCACCAACCUGCUGUUUGGAAGAACCCUGCUGAAGGUGUACUUCGACAACUGCGAGGGUGACCUGGAGAUCAUGGAGCGCCGCUGUUCUCACAUCACCCACCUGUUCCACAUAGGCCUCAUCGCCCUCAUGGCCUACACGGCUGUUACAGAGGACGACGAAGACGAGGUGCGGGAGAAGUGGGCCAAAAGGGUGGUAGAAAUCCAGGAGAAGAUGCAGGAGGUGCUGAGUGAGUGCAAACCGAGGUCAUCCUGAACCUGGAGCAGCAGAGAGAGGAUCUCCUCUGAGUUUAGUGGGAACACUAUGGACUCUCAGCUGUGGACCAAAAUAUAAAUCAUGUUAUAAUAUAUAAAACCAAAGCCAUGUUUUCUUCUGUGCAACUAAGCUGCUUGUGAUGUAAAAAAAUAGCAGUGUUUUAGUUUUUGUAUGAACAUGUUGUUGUGAUUUUUUGUUUGUUUGGAGACCACUAUCUGAUGCAGCUAUAUUGUGUUACGGUGCAUGCAUAUAUGGGCUGAAGUUUUAUACAAUCCCCUGAAUUAAAAUGUACAAUCUG